CAAUUCAUAGCCUCUCUCUUUCUCUCUCUCUCUCUCUCUCUCACGCCCCCACCCCACUCAAAUGGCAGGAUGGCCUCUUGGAGCCUUUCCUCUACUCAACUCCUUGGCCUCCUGUCCUUUUUCCUCCUCCUCCUCCUCCUCCUGGACCACCCAACGGGUCCCACCGCAGUCUCAGCCAGCAUCCAUGUCGGCAUCAUCCGUAAACCAGCCCCCUACUUCCCUGUCUUCCGCGAAGCCCCUGCAUACCGCAACGGCGAAGAGUGCAGCCCGCCUGGCACCGACUGCAUCCAUAUCGCCAUGACCCUUGAUGUGAAUUACCUCCGCGGGACCAUGGCGGCCGUCCUAUCCAUCCUAAAGCACACGUCAUGCCCCGAGAAUGUUGCAUUUCACUUCCUCUCAGCACGGUUCGAGCCCCAGCUCUUCUCAAGCAUCAAGUCCACCUUCCCCUACCUCAAUUUCAAGGUGUACCGCUUCAAUUCCAACCUCGUCCGCGACAAGAUCUCCAAGUCCAUCCGCAUGGCACUAGACCAGCCCCUGAAUUACGCGCGCAUCUACCUUGCCGGUAUCAUCCCUCCAGAUGUGGGCCGCAUCGUCUACCUCGACUCGGACAUCGUGGUAGUGGACGACAUCCGUCGGCUAUGGGAGGUGGAGCUGGAUGGAAGGGUUCUGGCUGCACCCGAGUAUUGCCUUGCAAAUUUCACAGAGUACUUUACAGAUACAUUUUGGUCAGACCCAUUUUUGGCGGGAACAUUUGAAGGUAGGAAGCCAUGCUAUUUCAAUACAGGUGUGAUGGUGAUGGAUGUAGAGAAAUGGAGAGAAGGGGGUUAUACAAAAAAGGUGGAGGAUUGGAUGGCAGUGCAAAAGCAAAAGAGGAUAUACCAGCUGGGCUCAUUGCCUCCUUUCUUGCUUGUUUUGGCUGGGAAUAUCAAAGCAGUGGACCAUAGAUGGAACCAACAUGGUUUAGGUGGUGACAACCUUGAAGGGAGAUGUAGGAAGCUCCACCCUGGCCCAAUCAGCCUCCUUCAUUGGAGUGGGAAAGGGAAGCCAUGGUUGAGAUUGGAUUCUAGGAAGCCUUGUCCUGUGGACCACCUGUGGGAGCCUUACGAUCUCUACCAUUGGUUGACACCCAUGUUAGAAGAAUGAGAAAAGGGGGGGAAGUUUUUUCAUUGAAUUGAGAAUUUUAGAAUUGGUAAAAGAGGCUCCUUUAUGGGCUUGUUUCAAAGGUUAUUGAGUGCUGAAGGAGGGAGAAGGGUUAUAGGUUUUGAGCUAUGGUGUGCAAUCAUGGGACCCAUGAGAAUGUGCUUAAGAUCACCGGUGGAAUCGAAAGGGAUGGAGGGAGAUGCCACCCACUUUUCUAAUUUUUUGGCUAUGGCUUGGUCAUGGUUACUCUUGGUUGGCAAUACAUGAUUA